AUGGGUCUGCCUCAAUUUUCCUCGGGAAAUUUAUCUGAAGAAGUCUCAGCAUCCACAUUGAUGCAUGUACCCUCUCAGUUUGCGGGGCCGAGAGAAAGGCAUGCACAAGAAUCCGAUUUAAUCAGUUUGCAUAGGGAUGGUGUUGGAAAUAUGCAUAAAUUGAGAAUUGACUCCAUAGACAUGAACCGCUUUUCUGCUCAUCAUGGUGUGAAUAACGUUAACACUCCCGUUUCAAGAAUUGUGGGUUUCGAGCCAAACGAGGGCCAAAACAAACAACCCAAUAGCCUGUCUUUUGGAAAUGGCACAUCGAAUUCAAGUUCAUUGAUCAGAAAACGACUGUUGUCUCCUUUGAAUGGCAUGUUGUUGCUGGACGAGUUUAGAGGCGAACAUCUCGAAAUCGGGAAUGCGUUCAACCAUAGUAGUUUAGGUUCGAACCUGAAAGAGUUUAAAAAGGCUCACAUUGGAACCAAUUUGCAUCUAACCACAGACGGGCCUUUGUUCAAUAAUGGCUCAGCAUUUUACGGUAUGGCGUGCUGUAGUGGAACACUUGAGCCCUCCCUGAAUAAUUAUAGCUCAGGAAAUUUAUCAUUGUUACGGGACACGGUUUUUUCACCACCAAUGUCUCUAUCUCCUCUUGGGCCGAGAAUUUGUGGGAGGACAAGAGGUUAUAGAGAACUCGAGUUUGACGAGAGUAUAAUUUUUAAGGAUGUGGAGCGAUCCCUGGAGGUGACUGUUUCAGGCUUUCUUUCUUCUUGUGAAGUUGAAAAUGGUGUCAUUUUGAGGAAAGGACUUGAGGAUAACGAGAUGAACUUGGAUCAGUCGAUAUCCGUUCAUGUUCAUAAUCCAACACUUACUAGCCAAAGUGUCAAAUUAGGCAAAUCUUUGAGUGGAUUAUCUGUUAGAAGGUCACUGGUUGGUUCGUUUGAGGAGUCGCUGUUAUCUGGUAGAUUAGCUUCAGGGAUAGUCAGCCAGAAAAUAGAUGGUUUCUUGGCUGUGCUGAAUAUCACCGGAGAAAAAUUUGCACCUCACCCGCAGAAGCUUCCAUUUACCGUAACGAGUGUGGAUGGUGAUAAUUGCUUGUUGUACUACUCGUCUAUAGAUCUGUCCAGAAGCGUAUCUUCAAACAAAUGUGAAGGUCCAAAAUUAAAGAGAAGUCUCAGUGUUAACGGCUCCUCAGACGAGAAAGGCCGUCUUAGAAUACCUAUGAAAGGGCGGCUGCAAUUGAUCCUAAGCAAUCCCGAAAGAACACCAAUCCACACUUUCUUUUGCAACUAUGAUUUGACUGAUAUGCCAGCUGGUACAAAGACCUUUCUUCGCCAAAGGGCCACUUUAGGCGGACAUAAAGUUUCUUGUGCAAAAAACAAUGAGUCCCCACUUUCAACAUCACAUGAAACUUUAUGUUCUGAUAGUAAUGAUGCAAACGGCAUCACAUUCAAUCUAAAAGAAGGUAAAUCCAUAAGUUUCCCGUCCAAGGUUAACAAGAGCACCACAGGUUCAGGUGUUCUACGUUAUGCCCUUCACCUCCGUUUUGUGUGCCCACACAGCAAGAGGUGCUCAAAAACGGGUCUGAAGUACAAUUCGGGCCCCAACUCUCUGCCUUCGAAUAGCAGUAUAGAUUGUGAAGAUCGACGCCGUUUUUACUUGUAUAAUGACAUGAGAGUGGUUUUCCCUCAGCGCCAUUCGGAUUCAGACGAAGGCAAGAUGCAAGUGGAGUAUGAUUACCCUUCGAACCCUAAAUAUUUCGACAUAAGCCAAUAA